AUGGACCAAAGCAUCAAACAGCAUUAUCUGGCUGACUCGCCACCUACUGUGGUCAGACUGGAAGUCAAGUCACAUUUUGAUACCCUCAAAGACCAAAACUUGAGAAAAUAUGCGCACUUCAUGAGCAGAGCGGCAUUUGAGGGCACUCGAGUCACCCUGCGCCAGGUUUCCCCCGAGUCCGAACCCAUCUACGACCUCAUCCUGUCACUCUACCGCGCCUCCGAUGGCGACUGGAACAGUCUUGCCCAAAAGACACAAGUCAGCUCCGAAGACCUCCGUUUCUUCCUUGAAUAUGCGGGUCAAUUCUUGGGCAACUGCGGAAACUACAAGGGCUUUGGUGACACAAAGUUCAUCCCUCGGUUGUCCGCAUCCGCAUUCGAGGCUCUGGCCUCGGCUACUGCGGAGACGAAGGCGGCUUUCGAGAAGGCUAACACCACUGGAGGGGGAUCUACGAGACCAGUGAACAGUCCAUGA